AUGACCUCCCGCGCUGACACCAUUGCAAUUGGAGCAUCUGUCUUCGAUCUGUGGUGCAAUUUUAUGGGCAUUCCUCAACAAUUAGAAAAUACGCUUGAUUCUUUUGUCGCAGGUUCAGAUACUCAGCCCUCAAAACCCGCAUCUUCAUUCAUUCCUUCUCAGCGCGCGCUUCCAUCCACUUUACAACUUUCUUCUGAUGAACGAACCUUCUUGGUGGCUUUCAAAGCUCGUGCUUACGACCGACUUGGUCGUGUGGCAACUAUCGAUGCUGUGGUCGACGCCGUCCGUCGAGCUGAUCCAAGUUGGCACGUUAAUCCGACUGAUUUCAAAGUGCUCAUUCAGGUUAAUGUCCUUCGCUCUAUAGCCUGCAUAAGCCUCUUAGAAAGGUUCAGCGAGUUUCGCAAGUACAAUUUGGCUGAAAUGGCGGCGCCCACCAGUCAGUUUAAAGAAAAAACUUCGUUUGAACCACCAAAUAUUGAUCACAUUAUGACCAAGGAGGAUGCACUUUCCAUUGGUUAA